AUGGGUCCCGCUGCGCGUUACCGACCCAUAUCUCCCAGCGGCUCGCGUAUGAUCGAUCCCAUGCGGGCCUCCACUGGCACUGUGCAGCUCAGUGCCUCCUACGACCCCUACAACCUGUCCACCAGUCGUCCGGCAUAUGCCAGUUACCAUCCCGAUGUUAACUAUGCCUCCUCCUACGAUCCACGGCUGGUCCGGGAACCACGAUUGGAAGCCCAGCAAAUUUCUUCCACGACCUAUAGAGAUCCUGGUCAAUCUACCAAGCUGAGGACUGAGUACGCCAUCCGCCCACGAGUGCGGAGCAGCACCAUGUCUGCUGUGGAUCCUCGUUAUGCCUCCGGCCGUUAUGACACACCCGCAUCGCCCUUGUCCAGAGCUUCGCCCGUGAUUGUCUCCGGCCACCAGCGAUCACCUAGUCCGCGUCGGGACCACGAGCACUAUGUUAUACCCGCAUCAUCAUCGCACCGGCACCACCGGCGACACCACCUCUCUCACACUGAUUACGCCAGUGAUACCGGGCGGCUAGACCCUAAUGACCGAGCGUCGCGGGCAAGGAUUCCGCAUGGUGGAUACCCGGCCUAUGAACACAGCCCUCGUUUGCGGUAUCCCCCUACUGGGGGUCUCCGAAAGGGCGAGGAUAUCGACGACUAUGAUGCGUAUUCCUAUACCAAUGCGUCAGAGCAGUUUGAGAAGGAUUCCGUGGCCAGACUGCGAUAUGGACGGGGCGGCGCCUACCCCAGGGACAGACCACUCAGUUUAACCGGCCUUGAUGACCCGCAAUUGCUGCCGCGAAAGGAGUCCCGGGCCUUAGGGCCUCCGCCGUCUCAGAGGGGUUUUGACAAACUGGACCAAGGGGGGCGCGUGCGGCACUCGACACACGGCUCUGCUGACGGCGACCUAGACCUUGCGGGUGCCCGGCGACGGUCAUGGCAGAGAGCUCCGGUGUCUCUACAUCAGGACAUCGAUGAAGGCUAUUCUUCCUAUAGGGAUGAGCAUGAUCAUGGUCACCAUCGCCAGCACCGCCACCGGCGGCACGAUGACGAAGGGAGUAGCCGAUACUCCUACGAUGAUCGUGCCUCAAGGAGAUCCCCUACCACUCAUCGUGCCGUAGCUUCGCCAAGCACCGGGCUGGGGACCGCAGGGCUGGCCAGCGGUUACUCUGAUAACCUUGACUAUGACCUCUCCUCCCACCGAACUGACCGCCAUCGCUCCCGGGAUCGGGGGACUCGUGACCAUGAGUAUCGAAAGCACCGCAGUCGGUCACGGAGACACUCCAGACGGCGCACAGGAAGCGAAUCAGAUGAGUAUACAUCGGACGAAGAUUUGAAGAAAUACCGCCGUGAACCGUCAGCGCACCGGAAGCCUGCUGGCUCAGAUGGAUCAGCCAGCGGCAGUGACCGGCCAUCUCGAUACCUGACCAUCGACCACGCCCAUCGUCAGCGGUCUCGCUCCCGGCAUCCAACGGAGGAUGCAACUCGUCCCAGGGAGGCGAGUAAACCUGAGGUCGGUCGCCAGGAUGAGACGAAGAAGCUCGAGUCGGCCACGUCAAAAGAGCAGGACCCGCCUGCGCCUAAAGGAAUCCUGAAGCCUCCUCGCGAGAAGUUUCCCGAGGAGCCCAAUCCGGUUCGAGAAGGCGUGGCCCCAUUGAAGGACGCGCACAAGAAAGGGAUCCCUCCUGGGGCGAGAUGGACCAAGAUUGACCGACGGCUGGUGAACCCCGCGGCCUUGGAUCUUGGCCGUGAGCGAUUUGAGGAGCGAGCGGACUACGUGAUCGUUUUGCGGGUCUUGACCAAGGAGGAAAUCCAAGCGUAUGCGGUCAAGACCCAAGAGAUCAGAGACGCCCGCUAUCAUGAACUCGUCAAGGAACGCCGUCAACGUCGGGCUGAGGAUCGUCGCCGCGGACGUGCGGUGGACACCUCGAGCGAUGAUGAAGACGAUGACGAUGAGGACCGAUGCAAAGACCUGAAUGCAGGCGCAAUCAAACAAUUCAAGCAAUUGGGAGUCUUGGAAUCUCAGCUGGUUCUACGGCAGCUGGAGUAUGUGCUACUCGGGCGGUCGCGUUGGCAAUGCGACGUCCCAAACCGGCGAAAAAGUAAAGAAGCCAACGGUCUUCUGACUCUGUCCAAGCCGCGUGGCGUCGCGUCGCAUCGCAUUACGCCGAAUAACUCCAAGGGAACUAUCGCCGCCGUCGCCGCCGUCGCCGCCGCCCAGCACUUCCUUCCUUACCUAACCCGACAAUCUGUCGAAUUAGAUUCAAAUCAAGUCCCAUGA